GCCUCCCGAGGGGGCGGGGCCGAGCGCGGAGCGGAGCGGAGAGGGAGCGAGGCCGGCCCGGCAGCAUGCUGCAGGUUCCGCUGCCCCUGGACCGUGACGGGAUCCUGCUCCGGCUCCGUUUCACCACGCUGGCCGUGGGCACCGUGUGCUGCCCCCUGUUCGGGUUCCUCUUCUGCGUCGCCUGGUCCCUGCUCUUCCACUUCCAGGAGACCACGGCCACCCACUGCGGGGUCCCGAACUACCUGCCCUCCAUCAGCGCGGCGAUCGGCGGCGAGACCCCGCAGCGCUACGUCUGGCGCCUCUGCAUCGGGCUGCACUCGGCGCCCCGCUUCCUGGUGGCCGUCGCCUACUGGAACCACUACCAGAGCUGCCACUGCUCCCACCCCCGCUACCCGCGCUUGUGCCACUUCAACCUGCUGCUCAACCUGCUCGAGAACUUCGCCCUCCUCGUGCUGACCUACGUGUCCUCGUCCGAGAACUAUGCAAUCCACGAAAAUGCCUUCAUCGUCUUUAUCACGUCGGCUCUGGGCCACAUGCUCCUGACGUGCAUCCUCUGGAGGAUGACUAAGAAACACACAGUAAGUCCCGAGGAGCGCAAGUCGUACAAGUGGAAGCAGCUGCUCUUCUUCUUUACCUUCAUCACCUUCGCGUUUGCCGUGUGUGUCUACUUCCACCACAACUGGUACUGCGGGCCUGGAGUUUACACCAUUUUUGCUUUCCUGGAGUACCUGGUUGUCCUCUCCAACAUGGCCUUCCACAUGACUGCCUUCUGGGACUUCAGCAACAAGGAGCUGGUGGUGAGCUCCAUGCUGGAAGACAAGCACUUCUAGCCGGGCCCUGCACGCUGCCGGGCGCGUCGCCCGUCCCGGAGCUGGCCGCAGGUGCCCUGGACCCGUGCUGAGCCGUGGGUGCAGUCUGCAGCCCCUGCCCGGCGGGGCUGUGGGCGAGGGGUUUGUGCCUGCCGGUAGCCGGGGCUCUCCCGUGGAGGCACUAGACCCGCGGCGGGGACAGGAAGCCGAGCCCCUUCCCUCUGUGCUGCGGCGCUCGGGGCAGAGCCCCCCCCUGCUGCCGCAGACGUCUCCGUGUCCUGGGCUCCACGUGUUGGUGCUGUGCGUGGUCCCUGCCCAUGGGCAGAGCUCUCAUACACAGGGGACACGGGGACCCGCGUGGCCAAGGCUCCCUGCCCCAGCUCCCUCCUGGCCUUGGGACGCAGGGGAGGGCAGGCAAGGGGUCAGGCGGCUGCUGCCUGGUUCUUUGGAGGGUCCUUUCCUUGCCCCACGCUCCAGCUGGGCGGCCUCAUGGUUUCUCCUCCAGGCUGGGGGAACUUUGUCAGGGGACCCUUGGCCAAGAUCUCCAACAAGGGCUCAUGGCCCAGAGGGGGCUGCGAAGCUUAAGGGAGCCCCCACCCCGUGUCUCUCCAGUCGCACCCCCAGAACUGAGCAGCGUGAACGCCUCGGGCGGUUCGCUGCAGGGCUGGGGCAGAGCUGGGCACAAGCUGCAGAGGCUGGGGCUGAGCCAGGCCCCUCGGAGCCCCGGCACUGCAAUGGGGCAAAGCCGCCCCGGGCCGAGCUGGAGGGGCCCCGGCCAGAGUCCCAGUGGGGCUGGGCAGCCCCUCGCACGUCUCCACCCGUGCGUGCCCCGCCGCACCGGGUUCCACCCAUCCCCCUGCCUGCAUGCGUGUGGCGUGGCACCUCCCAGCAGCGUGUUCUCGUUGGUUUUGAGGAUGAAAUAAAGCACUGAAUAUUUUUGUGA